CGCUGAAGGAUGUCGACGGGGGGUAAAAGUGAUAGAGACUACUUACCACAGGAACCUAGUGACACCUACCCCCAACGUAAACAUCGCCCCCAGGAUACGACUCCCCCUUCACCCCGCCUCUCAACUCCUCUCCCAUGCCCGCCCCCUUCAAAAUUCCCUCCUGCCGCUUCACCUCCCUCACCACCCUCUCCGGAUACAAGACCAAAAACCCCGCCAUCACCACCCCCAUCGGCACCCCAUCAAACACAUAGACAAACCACUCAUGACUUGCCACCACCCCGUCCGUUCCCCCCAAAUACUCGGCCCCGCGCACCACACUCCUGACAACCAACAUAGCCCCCGCCACCUCCAUCACACCAAAAUACCACAGCCAUCUCACCCCAGGGUCCAUCAGCAUUGCCCGUGACCUGGUCGGGUUGCGGUGCAGGCGCACGUGUAGGCGGCCGCAGGUGAAGAGGAAGAUACCCAGCGCGAGGAGCUGGACGCACAGGCCGAUUAGGACAAUGAUCUUGCUCAGGCGUUGCGCCGACUCGGUGCCGCUUGCGGGGAGGACGGUGCCGAUGAGCUGGGUGAAGAUUGCGGCCACGUCGGCGAGGACGUAGAGCCGCGUCGGGGAGCAGGUGCAGAAGCUGUUGGUUGGUUGGCAAUGGGCGGUUAGUGACGGGGGGUCGGGGAAAUAGAUGAUGAUGGGGCGGUACCAGGAGUAACAGCAUCGGGCGCAGCAGCCGCGGUUGUUACGGCGCCCGUGGUUGGGUUUGGAGGUGCCCUCGAGGAGCGCCGUGGAGAUGCGGCCGUAGGACAUGUAUAGGGAGGCGGCGAGGAGGGGAGGGGCGACGAGGAGGAGCAUGUUCUGCAGCAGCCAGGGGUCGAGCUUUGUGGGGUCGGAGUGGGCGUAACUGCGUUCGAGGUAGCCGAAGACGAGGCCUGGUUGUUUGGGGGUUGGAUGGUCAGGGAGAUUGCGAGGUGGAAGAGACAGGAGAAGGCUUACAGAUGCCACCGAGGAUGAGGGGAAUGCAUCCCCACGCCCGGAGCCAGACAAAGUAGACGAGGUGCGCGAGGGUGGCCAAGGCGAACAAGGCGAGAAAGAGGUGCGCGGCAACGUUGCUGGGUCGGUAUUCCCAAAAGACCACCACCAUGGUCCCGUUGACCACAGGGCCGAAGGGCGGGCCAUCGUUAAGCGUCAUUGAGUUGGGGAGGGUAGUAGAGAUGCCAGGUUUGGGAGUAGACGGAAAGGGAUAUCAAAAGCUGCUGCUAGCCCUUUGCUUGAUAACGGAACACAUGACCAACACAACAAAUACAGGACGGUACCCUGGCAUUCCAUUUGGAUGCUCACAGCCCCCUCAGACGAAACUGCGUCGUGGGCUGUGGGGCGGGCGACUUACACGAGAUGUGGAUUCACGGGCUUCCCUUUUAUUCGGCUUUGAUUUUUCGCACUUGGAUCCGAAAAAUUCACAGCCAACCAUCCAUUACACCUCAAUGUCAACUUACUGUAGCCUCCUUUCGCAGACGCCGCAGCUCCAUUCAAGGGCUUCCCUUUAUUCGGGUUUUAUUUUUCGCACUUUGAUCCGAAAAAUCAAUUCACACCCAAUCUCAACUUACUGUGCUCUAGCCACCUUUCGCAGAAAUGGCGGCGUCGUCAUCGACCAGAAAGUCCAUUCAACCUCACCGCAAAUCACGCACCGGCUGUAGCUCUUGUAAACGCCGCAAAGUCAAGUGCGACGAAGAGAAGCCAUGUAGCAAUUGCAUCCGCUUCGGCCUGCCCUGCAAUCUCGUCCCAGAAAAUGCCCAUUUCGAACAUGGUAUUGUAGGACCUGCCGCUCCGACUCGACGAGGUCGGGGGCGGCCUCGGAAGAACUGGGCAGAUCCCCCACACUCCCAAAGCACACCAUCCACCACCCCAACCUCCCCCCUCGACGACCCAACACCCCUCAACCAGCGGGCCUGUGUCCCGACGACGACGACAAUCGACCUCAAUAUUACCCAAGCCGAACUCCUCCUCCACUUCACCACCACCACCGCCCCCUCCAUCGGCGGCUGCGACAAGCACCCGCACCACCUCGCCUUCUGGACGCGCAACGCCCUGCACAUCGGCCUCGCCCACCCCUUCGUCCUGCACCUCCUCCUCGCCGACACGGCGUUCCACCUCGCCUACCUGACAGCCACCCAUCACCAUGAGCAAGAAGAAGUGUUGCUGUUGCCUCCGCGCCGUAGCCAUAGCGAAUAUCUCGCCCUCGCGCAGCAGCACCUGACGGAGGGGGUGUCGGGGUUCGCGGCAGAGCUUGCGCGGCCGGGGGAGGGGAAUUGUGGGGCGCUGUAUCUGGGCGCGGUGCUACUUUGUUUUUGCACGUUUGCGGAUGGGCCGAGGGGGGACGGAGAUUUGCUGGUGUGCAGUGUUGAUGGGGAUGGAGAUGGAGAUGAAGGGUGUGGUUUGGAAGAGGUCGGGGGUGGUGGUGUGAGCAUGCCGUUCGUGUACGGCGUGCGGCUCAUGCACCAGACUUUUCGUCCAGAGGUGUUGUUCGCCGGUUUGAUGGAGCCGUUGGGGAGGGAUCUGCCGCCGUCGCCUUUGGAUACGCCCGUUUACGUAAGGGAUGGGUUCCCGCGGGUGGAGUGGGAAGAGCAGUUGGAUGGGCUACGGGAGUUUGUUGUGGCCAGGGCACAAGAAGGCGGCGCACCCAAUGAAGGAGAACUCUCCAGGACGACAGCAGCCGUCGCCGUCCACGCCCUCGACAAUCUCAUCGGGAUAUACGCAGCAAUAUACGGGCGCCGCGGGCCAGACGGCGAGAUCAGAGAUGACGGCCCGCCUCACAACCAGUUCGUGUUUGGCUGGUUGUACCGUGUCGAGCCCGAGUUUGCGGCGUGCGUGAGGAGGUGCGACCCCAGCGCCCUGUUGGUCCUGGCGCACUAUGCCGUGCUGCUGAAUAGGCAGACGACUCCAUCUGGCUGGUUUCUCAAAGGUUGGAAGGAGCACAUUAUUGCGAGGGUUGGCGUGCUUUUGGGGGAGAGUGAGACCAGCAAAUGGAUGCGUUGGCCGAUGGAGCGGAUUGCGCCGGAAGAAAAAGAGUAAUCUUCUUGCUACACUAUAUUUCGUGCAAUUAGACAUGCACUCCUUCUUCCUCUUUCUUACACAAAAGUCUUUACAUCUAUUAUAGGCGUCGUAACACCAAGCGGCUCGACUACCUCGCAAUGAGCAUUCGGGUCGACUUAUUUACCUCCUAUCUCCGUCUCUCAAGCUCUCUCCUCCAUCUGGCACCGAAUCUCCACUGCACCGCCAGCCCCAGCAGCGCGACGAGCUGAGCCACGACGCAGACGGUGAAGGCUAGCCCG